UUGCAAAUCAUGCCUUAUUUUUUAAAGACUGUCCUAAUACUCUGCUGCCUGACGAUAGCUACUGAAAGCAGGAAACACAGGAAGAAAAGAUGGGCAUCUCAGGUAGAACACCCCAAACAGGGCAGUCCCAUAUUAAGGAGAAUUCCAGAUUUAACCAAAAUUCGAACAACGAAGUCCGAACACCUGCUCAGAGUGGAUGAGCAUGAUUUCACAAUGAGACCGGCAUUUGGUGGCCCAGCAAUACCUGUUGGAGUCGAUGUGAUGGUGGAAAGCCUGGACAGUAUUUCUGAGGUGGAUAUGGAUUUCACAAUGACUCUAUAUUUGCGCAAUUACUGGAAAGAUGAGCGGCUUUCAUUUCCCAGCACCACCAACAGAAGUAUGACAUUUGAUGGCAGGCUCGUCAAAAAGAUUUGGGCACCUGACGUGUUUUUUGUUCACUCGAAAAGGUCGUUUAUCCAUGACACAACCACAGAUAACGUAAUGUUACGCAUCUUUCCUGAUGGAAAUGUGCUGUAUAGUAUAAGGGUUACGGUAACAGCGAUGUGCAACAUGGAUUUCAGCCGCUUCCCCCUUGACACACAGACCUGUUCCCUGGAGAUAGAAAGCUAUGCUUACACUGAAGAUGAUCUUAUGCUAUAUUGGAAGGAUGAGAAAGAAGCAUUGAAGACAGAUGAGAAGGUCUCUUUGUCUCAGUUUCUCAUUCAAAAAUUUCACACUACCUCCAAAUUGGCUUUCUAUAGCAGCACAGGCUGGUACAACCGUCUGUACAUUAACUUCACUUUGCGUCGCCACAUUUUCUUCUUUUUGCUACAAACCUACUUCCCAGCGACUCUGAUGGUCAUGCUGUCCUGGGUGUCAUUCUGGAUUGAUCGCCGAGCUGUACCAGCCAGAGUUUCAUUAGGUAUAACGACAGUUUUAACUAUGUCCACCAUCAUCACGGGCGUGAAUGCUUCCAUGCCAAGGGUGUCGUAUAUUAAAGCUGUGGACAUUUACCUGUGGGUUAGUUUUGUGUUUGUCUUUCUCUCAGUGUUGGAGUACGCAGCUGUGAAUUACCUAACUACAGUGCAAGAGAGGAAAGAAAGGAAACUCUUGCAAAAGUUUCCCUGCACAUGUGGAAUUACCAGCACCAAGGACUUAAUGUUCGAUGGUACCUUUAGUGAAGCAGAUGUCAACAGCCUGGCUGGAUAUACCAGAACUCCGAUAAUUACUGAUGACAGGGUCAAGCAGGACAGGAUGAUAGUUCACUUAUCCAUUGGUGGAGAAUCCAAUUUGCACAAAAAGAGACGCCUUAGGGAGCUUGUUGGCAUGCAGAUCAUUAAGAAUACUCACGCAAUUGAUAAAUAUUCCAGAAUGAUAUUUCCAGCGUCUUAUAUAUUUUUUAACUUGGUAUAUUGGUCUGUAUAUUUAUAG